AUGCGGACGCCGAGCUCGAUCGGCGUCUGGCUGCUGCUGCUGGCCUCCUCCGCGCUUGCCUUCAAGCAACAGGACUUCAAGCUCUGCAACCAAGCCGCCUUCUGCCGCCGCGGACGCGCACUCGCAGACCGCGCCGCCGACGACCCCGAGGGAUGGUACUCGCCGUACUCAAUCGACGCCGCGUCCGUCGCGCUCGCCGCGGACCAGGCGUCGUUCACCGCCGCCGUCAAGUCGGAGCUCUACCCGGACAUCAAAUUCGGCCUCGACCUGCGAAUUCACGACGACGGCGUGGUGCGCGUCCGGAUGGAUGAGAUCGACGGCCUGCGGCAGCGCUAUAACGAGGCUGCGAGCUGGGCGCUCAUUGCGGAGCCGACGGUCAGCCCGAGCGUCAAGUGGAUGGUUGGGAAGCGCGACGUGCGUGCCAAGUACGGCGAGAAGGGCGAGUUUGAGGUCGUGGUGACGUUAGCACCGUUAACGGUGACGCUACUGCGGAACGGCAAGGAGCAGGUCGUGCUGAACGGACGGGGGCUGCUGCAUAUGGAACACUUCAGGAAGAAGGAGGAGGAGAAACCUGAAGAGGAAGUGCAGGAGGGUGCGCAGAAGGUGAUCAAGACCAACCCCCGGGCAUGGUUCGAGGGCGAUUCGGAAGACGGAUACUGGGAGGAGAAAUGGAGCACAUGGACCGACUCGAAGCCCAAGGGCCCCGAGUCGCUCUCUAUCGACAUCGAGUUCCCGAACCAUGGUGUCGUCUACGGCAUCCCGCAACAUGCCACGAACCUUGCUCUCCCCUCGACCACCGGUGAUGAGGCCAAAUACAACGACCCCUUCCGCCUCUGGAACUCGGAUGUUUUCGAGUACAAUGCGGACAGCAUCACCUCUCUUUACGGCUCCAUCCCCGUCAUGCACGCGCACUCCGCUGACUCGACCGUGGCCGUCUUCAACGCCAUCGGCUCCGAAACCUGGAUCGACAUCGAGCACCCGACCCCGAAGUCGACGAAUACGCACUGGAUCUCCGAGUCGGGCAUUCUGGACAUCUUCAUCUUGCCUGGCCCGACGCCCCGUGACGUGUUCAAGCAAUACGCCGGAUUGACGGGCACGACUGCGCUGCCAGCGCAAUGGUCACUCGGCUACCACCAGUGCCGGUGGAACUACGUCAGCUCGGACGAUGUGAGGGGCGUGCAGAAGCGGUUCGACGAGGAGGAUAUGCCGUUGGACGUGAUCUGGCUUGACAUCGAGUACGCGCCGGACCACAAGUACUUCAUAUGGAAGGAACGCGAGUUCCCUGAUCCCGUCGAGAUGACCAACGACGUUGCGCAGUAUGGUCGCAAGAUGGUGGUCAUCAUUGAUCCGCACUUGAAGCGCGCCAACGAUUUCCCCGUGUACAAGAAGGCGUCAGAGCUUGACAUCCUUGUCAAGCCGCCUAGCGGGCAGGGCGAGUACGAGGGUUGGUGCUGGCCCGGAAGCAGCUCAUGGGUCGACUACUUCCACCCCGCCAGCUGGGCGUGGUGGAAAUCGCUCUUCCAGACCAAGAAGACGGGAGACGACUGGGUUUGGGAACAGAGCACGGAGGAUAUCUUUAUUUGGAACGACAUGAACGAGCCGUCCGUCUUCAACGGGCCUGAAAUUAGCAUGCCCCGCGACAACAUUCACUACGGCGGAUGGGAACACCGCGACCUUCACAACAUCAACGGCAUGUUAUUUACGAAUCAGACGGCGCAAGGCCUUAUCGCCCGUUCGAACCCUCCUAAGAGGCCGUUCGUCCUCACUCGCUCCUUCUACGCGGGCUCGCAGCGCUUCGGCGCAAUGUGGACCGGCGAUAACCUCGGGACCUGGGAGCACAUGGCUGUCGGCAUCAAGAUGGUGCUCGCCAACAACAUCGCGGGAAUGACCUUUGCCGGCUCUGACGUCGGUGGGUUUUUCGGCAACCCCGAGUCAGAGAUGCUGGUGCGGUGGUACCAAGUCGGUGUCUGGAACCCCUUCUUCCGUGCGCACGCGCACAUCGAUACCAAGCGGCGCGAGCCAUACCUCCUCGACGAACCGUACAAAUCCAUCAUCCGCGACCUCCUCCGGUUGCGGUACAAGAUGCUGCCGGUGUGGUACACCGCGUUCCACGAGGCGAGCGUCACGGGCAUGCCCGUGGUGCGCCCGCACUACGUCGAGUUCCCCCAGGACGAGGCCGGCUUCGAGCUCGACGAGCAGUACUGGAUCGGUGGCUCGGGCCUCUUGGUGAAACCUGUGACCAAGAAGGGUGUCACAGAGCAGAGCGUGUACAUUCCAGAGGACCAGAUUUACUACGACUAUAAGACCUACCACACGUACCGCGGCGCCGCCAAGGGCAAAGAGGUCACGGUCCCCGCCGCGCUCCAUCAGACACCCAUCCUCAUCCGCGGCGGAUCCAUCAUCCCCACGCGCGAGCGCCCACGCCGCUCGUCCCCGCUCAUGAAGUACGACCCCUUCACCCUCCGCGUCGCGCUCUCCAAACAGGGCGCAGCGAAGGGCGAGCUCUACCUCGACGACGGCGAGUCCUUUAACCACGAGAAGGGCGACCUCGUCUGGCGCGAGUUCAGCGCGGUGACGGAGAAGAAGACGGUGCGGAUCUCGAGCCGCGACCUGGUGAACAAAAGGCCGGAUGAGACUGUGGAUGGCGUCGCACUCGUCCAAUGGAACCCGCAGAACGCGUAUGCGCAGAGCGUGGAGGACGUGCGCGUCGAGAGGAUUGUCGUCCUUGGGCUCGGGUGCAAGCCCAAGAGCGUCAAGUUAGAGGGCGGUCAAGAACUUGACUGGGAGUGGACGGCAGGUGUUGGGGCUACUGAGAAGAAGGAAGGCCAGGCCAGCGUGCUGACCGUCAAGGAUCCGCGGGUGCCUAUCGCGAACGACUGGGCUGUCACGAUCACGCUGUAA